AGAGCUUGCUGGCUUGUUCCAGAAUUGGAGGGAAGAGGAUGCUUAAUCUCUGGCGGCCGAAGGUUGUGCAGGGACGGAAGAUGGAUGCUUGGUCUUUGGCGGCCAAAGGUCAUGGACGAAGCGUUGAGCUUGAGGUUGGAACAGAUCUGGAUUCGAGGUCAUUUGUGUUAGGUGGCGACAAAGAAGGUUUGGUAGAGAACCUGAUGAAUAAGAGACAACGUGAGGAAGAAACUUCGGUACUGCUGGACCGUCCACCUCCAGAACCGCCGCCAUGGAGUGCAGUAGAGUCUAGGAUUUGGAAGCAUCUUUUUAAUUUUACCGUUUGCUUGCGUUAUAUUUUUCACGAUUAGACUGUUUAUUUUUUUGCUGCCUACUUUUAUUAUUGUAAGACUCUUGCAUUACGAUUGAGUGAGGUUUACUU